UGGCGGCAGCAGCAGCGGCACAUUCUGCAGCGGGACGGCGCCACCUGCCGGCCGCAGCGGACACGGCCGCGGAAAUGGCCGCCUUGACAACGGCGGCGGCGGCGGCGCCCAGCGGGCAACGGGUGGAUGUUCGGGCGCAAAGGUCACAGUCGGCACCGGGGCCGCGGCGGCAGCGGGUCCACAUGCCGAGCCACAGGGACUCGGAUAAGACGACGGCAUUCAUCCAGGAGCUGCGGAAACUAGGACUCCAAAUAGCCAGUUUAGAAAAGGAUAAGAAUGCUUAUCUUUCCAAUAAAGGGAAUGAAUUUAGAGCGGAAUAUAGUGCCCUUGAGGAGAUGGACCUGAAGAUGACAAAUUCCAGGAAAGCAGAAAAAAUGAAAGUUCAACAACAGCUUGCAAAAAUACAUCAUAAUGUGAAGCGAUUCCAGGGCCAGCUCAAAGACGUUAAACCUACUCCAGAAUUUAUAGAAAAAUUGAGGGAAGUAAUGGAAGAGGUUGAAGAUGCAAUUAGUGAAUUCAAAGAAGAACAGCGGCAGAUAUAUGAAGACCUUUUGAAAAAAGAAAAAAAUGCUACUCAGCAAAUUUCAACUACAGAGCAAAAAAUGGAAAUAUGGGCCAGGAAUCCACCAGAGAAACCAAAGGCUGCCUUAGCAAAAGGAUCAUCAGUUAAUUCUGAUACAGACAAUAUGCUGGUAGAAAUUGCAGAAUUCAAACAGUUCCUUCAGCGGACAGGUCGCCAAGGUGGCUGGGAUGAUUUUGAUCAUAAGAACUUUCUUAAAGUAUGGAUAAAAUGCAAAGGAAACCCUUCCUUUAUUGAAGAGGCUAUGCAGUACCUGGUGGGAAGGACACGAGAAGACAUAAUUCAGCAUGAACAAUGGUAUCAAGAGUUUCUCUUUCUUGAAAAGAGGCAGAGAGAGGCUAUUCAGAAAUGGAGAAUAGAGAAGCAACAAGAAAAAAAACAAGUUGAGGGGAUGCAAGCACAGAAUGAAGCUGAACUAGAUACAGACAAACGGGCAAAAGAAGUAGCUAAACAACUUAAGUUUGAGAAAGAGAAAAGAAAAGAUUUCCGGCUCCAGAUGUGGAAGAAAGCGAAGGAAAAGGAGUUUGCUCAAGAUAGUGAAAACAAAUGAAAGAAGAUGCGGUUGAAAUUGAAAAAGCAAAGAAAGGAAAACCAAAGGCGGCAUAAAGCGAAGAAAAUACUCGAAGUUUAUGUUCAACAAAAGGAGGAGGAUGAGGAGUUUCAGAAACUGGAAUCCCAAAUGAAAGAGCAAGCUGAAAGAAGAAAAUCUAUGGCUUGUGAAAGAGAAAUGUCCAAGUUUCAAGAGAGAGAUUUUCUCAAAUUGGAGUUCAAAUUAUCAGAAAAGCAAACAAAGAAAGAGUUGGAGGAUGAGCGAGAGAAGAGAUUUGCCAAGCUUAAAGAGAAGGUUGAAGCUCAAAUACAACAUGAUCCAUCAAGACUAUUCAAACCAACCAAAGGUUGGGAAGAACACACAAAAAAUACAGGGAAAACUAAUGGUGGGCCUAUGUUGCAUCUUCCUCACCGGGCUAUUCCUAGUUGGCGGAAAGGGAUAUAAAGAUAUUGUUUUACAAGUAUUUACAUUAAAUAGUGAUUGUAUGUUAUCUUCAUUGUUAAAUAAAUUGCAAAACAGUUGAAGAAAAUGAGAGUUCAUGAUUUGAUGGAAAAGAGGCAAGGAACAUUAAAAAAAAUCUGUAUUUGUGUACC